AAUGCAUGCAAUUGUUGAUCGAUUUUCCCACUGGAAAUGUUUAUACCGAGAAAUUUGAUAUUGAGGCCUUGAUUAUAAAGAAAUUUAGAGUUCUAUUAAGAGCUCUUUAAAGUGAUAUUCGGUUAAUUCCGUUUCGCUAAUGCUAACUUGUAAAUGGGCUAUUAUUGCACACUGACGCUAAGGAAACGCGUUUACUUAGGCACGGAAAUGGUAAUCGAUUUGCAUGUUAUUUUAAUUAAGUAAAAAAACGGGUUAAAAGCAGAGAAUUAAUCGUGCAAGUUGCUUUUGGUGGCGCACCUUCAAGUACGAGCAUCUAAGGUCUACAUCCAAUCUGAGAUGAAUUUAUCUCUAGUGCCGCGAAAGACAGUAGAUCCACAGUAUCAAAUCGACAUCCAAAGAUCAGCGCUUACGGAGGGGCAGUUCGGUGACUUCUAUGGCAAGCAUGAAAAAAAAACAUUCGAAAACCGCUCUCUUCGAAAACGUGUCCUUACAUCAGUGACUGGUAAAGUGACAGGAAUGACAUGCUCUCCCUUGGAAACGCUUGAAAAGCUUUUUCCCAUUGUACAAUGGUUACCCAAGUAUAAUUUCAGGAAAGAAUUCGUCGCUGAUCUAACUGGAGGAAUGACUGUAGGAGUCAUGCAUAUUCCACAGGGUCUUGCAUUCGCUAUGCUGGCUUCCUUGCCUCCUGUAACAGGGCUUUACACUGCUCUUAUACCCGUGAUGAUCUACAUGCUGAUGGGGACGUCCAAGUACCUUUCACAAGGGUCUUUUGCAGUAAUUUGCUUGAUGGUUGCACAAGUCAGUGAGCGGGAGGUGCAGAGCUAUACCCCCACACCCCUGACCACGCCCAUUACUGCCCCGUACAAUGCCUCCUCAUCACAGCCCCCUAUGGUCGGUCCAUGGAGUGAGCUGGAUAGCAGGAAAAUGGAGAUUGCCGUAACUCUUGCUCUAUUGAUUGGGAUAAUGCAGAUCCUCAUGGGUCUUUGCAGACUAGGGUUCGUGGCGACCUACCUAUCCGACCCUCUGAUCAGUGGAUUCACCACUGGGUCAGCCGUGCUAGUAGUUCUGAGCCAGUUGAAACACAUUUUUGGCCAAGUGGUACCGCAAAACACUGGUGCAUUUGCCUCAAUCAAGGUAGCAGCCCAUAUGCUGAAGUUCAUAGCUUCAUCUAACCCUGGGGCCAUUAUUACCGGUGUGUUAUGCCUUGUCAUUCUCGUCACCCUGAAGUUCAUCAAUGAAAAGUACAAGAAGAGAUUGCCAAUUCCUAUUCCAGCGGAGCUUCUUGUGGUCGCGCUUGGUACUGCGAUAUCUUAUGGUGCAUCUCUCAGUGAUGAGUUUGGCGUCAAAGUCCUUGGCGAAAUUCCUAAAGGCCUUCCACCGAUCAGCAUCCCAUCUUUCAAACGCAUGCGCACGAUCGUUCCUGACGCCUUCGUCAUAUCGGUCGUCAUCUUUGCAACUAACAUAUCGCUGGCUCGCAUGUUCGCGAAGAAGAACGGACAGACUGUGGACGCAAAUCAGGAGCUACUAGCGUAUGGCAUGUGUAACGUAGGCGGAUCUUUCUUCUCGUGCUUUCCAAUCUGCAACGCCCUGGCUCGCACAGUGGUACAAGAAAACCUAGCCAGCACUCAGCUGUGCAGCAUUCCGGUGAUUUGUCUGAUCUUACUGGUCUUACUCUUCAUGGCACCGCUUUUCUAUUACUUGCCCAAGGCGAUCUUAGCAGCUGUGGUGAUCGCUAACUUGGUUGGUCUUCUGAAGCAGUUUGCCCGUUUAAGACAGCUCUGGUGCAUCUGUCGGACGGACGCGGUCACGUGGUUUGUCACGUGCUUUGGCGUCAUUCUGCUCGGAGUGGACCUGGGACUAGGACUUGGUGUCAUCACGACUAUCUUCGUCGUUAUCAUACGUCAGUCCAGACCCCGCGUCUCUAUUCUUGGGCACAUUAAAGACACGGAGCUGUAUCGUGAUACUCAAGAGUGCCCCCAAGCCGCAGGGAUCCCGAAUGUCAAAAUCCUAAGAUUUGAAUCGUCCUUGUUCUUUGCAAACGCUGGAUUCAUCAAGGAACGUAUCAUGUCAUUCAUGAACCCGCUUACACCGACCAAAAGAGAGUGUAUACCUGGCAUAACGACCGAUGAGGCAGAGGUCACCAUGGAGCUUAAUGCGGAAAAAGAGAGUUUGGAUACUACUAAGAGGACCAACCGAGAACAGGGCGUUAACGCCAACAUUAAAGCAGUGAUAGUGGACGCCAGUGCCUUUACCUUCAUUGACUCAGUGGGAAUAACGGCAAUAAAAACUAUCAUCACAGAAGGCGAUUCACGAGGUGUUCACGUGUGUCUGGCGGCCUGCUCAUAUCAUCUACGCAAGCAGCUUGAAGCAGGGGGUCUGGAACCUAGCCUUAAUAAUGACCACCUAUUCGUUUCCAUCCACGAUGCUGUGUUGUUUACACUUCAGGCGCAUACGAGAUAUCAGGUUGACCUCACAGACCACGUGACUCCAGCUGACAGUGUCCACGAAGAGGUGUAAUAAGCGAUAACUUGACAAAUGCCAUGUGUGUUGCAUGAUCCCUUGAGAUCACCUGAUGGAUCUGUCAGCUGUUAUACGUCUCAUGCGCCUCGAUUUUCGCUUUAGUUAUUAUUUCUACAGAAAUAUGAGCCCCUGCUAUAAGUUAUAGUACACAAAAAGCUGUAGUGUAAAGUAUCUGGCUGUCCACUUUAUUUAUUUAUAUCUUAUUUAUAUAAAACUAUUUUUGUAUUGUAUUUAAAGCAUUUUCCUACGAAAAUAUUAAUUGACGAAA